AUGCCUGACAACAGAUCCACUACAAGAUCCACCUCAGAAAUGGUCUCUGCGACUUUGCGAGAACACACCGCGCCGCUGACUGAGCGCACCGAAGCAAUCACCUCAGCAUCCAAAUCAAUCGCCUCGCAAAAACGGACUCUGAUCCAAGAUACUCAAAAGCUGUCACGACAGGCCGAAGAGCUUGACAAGACGAUCGGUCAAAGCGUGGACCAGCUGAAGGAAAUGGGCGACCUUCAGAAUUGGGCCGAGGUCGUGUUCCGAGAUAUCUUUGUGAUUGAAGAGACUUUGAGGAUGGUGGAAGAACAGGAGGCUGGGAGCAUCCAGAGAGGUGAUGGCGCCGAUCCCAGGGCACCUUGA